GCCGGGAUGAGACGGCUGGUUGCCAGCUGUGCGUGGCGUCCGUCAAUGACGACGGUACGCUGACGCUGCGGUUGCGGAUGCCGGAUGGCCUGGCGGGACGGCACGGCAAAUACCUGGUGGUUCCAAACGUGAGGUUUGCUUCUGGACACGAUGUGGUGCUGGCGGCGCUGGGGAGCAACACGGAGUACGCGGUGUACCGACGGGAGCAUGGUGAGAAGGAGGCGCGAGUUACCGCGCUCGGCCAGGCUAUCAGCUACCGUUUCAAGCGUGAUUCGAAAGGUUGGCGGGUAUUCGCCACCACGGAAUUGCCGGAGGUGGAGGUCACGACAGACCGGCGGCGUGGAGCGGUCGGGGUGGACCUGAAUGCGGAUCAUCUGGCCGUAGUCGAGACUGAUGCGAGUGGCAACUACGUGAAAGCGUGGCGGGUGCCGCUGGUGACCUACGGCAAGAGCCACCAUCAGGCGGAGGCGUUGAUAGGAGACGCGGUGGCGGGUGUGGUGGAGUACGCCCGAGAAGUCGGCAAGCCCAUCGUCAUCGAAAAUCUGGACUUUCGGCAGAAGAAAGCGGUGCUGGAAGGAGAGUCCCGGCGGUACCGCCGGAUGCUGUCCAGCUUCAGCUACGGC